AUGCUACAAUAUCCAUUCUACAAAGAUCUAACAGUCUUCGCUGAAGCUAAUCCUGAUCUGAUUGAUUUACCAGUAGAUAACAUUACCGAUCUCAUGUUAAAACUUAUGCCGACUGUUGACGAGGUGUUCGAUGCGUGCUAUUGGAGAGGCACCGGUUUCAAUUGUACGGAUAUAUUACGAUUGCAACGAACUGAAGAAGGAUUUUGUUAUUCGUUCAACAGCAAGACGUCAGAAAGGAUGGCAAAGAAUAUUGAAUAUUUAUCUAAUAUAGAAGAUGACUCCCAAUCUGUCAAAAAAGUAAAAUCUAUUUUGAGUGCUACAUCAAUUAUAUCUGAUUUAACAUUUAUUCGAUCACAUUUGUCCGAGUUCCCAAAUUCAAUUACAAAACUUGAGAAACAAAAUUCUACUUUAAAUUAUCAAAUAAAUGUAGUUGAAACAGUAAGAGAUGGACUUAAGACAAUUGAGAAUGAAAAGGGACACAUAUUGUAUGAAAAAUUCAAAUCAGUAUUUGAUAAAAAUCCCGGAUACAAUAUUUUAAAAGUAUACAACGAUUCAAUAAAUGGAAAUGACGUAGAUUUAAAAGAAAAUCCUGCUAUUAUAAGCUGCUACAAACCAGUGGCCUGUUUAUCACAUUUUGUAGUGCUUCAACGCAACGUCCAGGUUUCAGAAGAAGAACUUGGAGAUCCCAAAUGGAAUGCACAGGAUUUCAUGAACUGUAGUUGCCCGCACCCGUGUUCGUUCGUAGGAUACACGACCGAAAUCCGUAAUUAUGCAAAGGACUUUUUGGCUCACACACAGUUUCCACAUGCUUAUACACACAUAGAGGUACACUACAAAGAAAGAUUUGCCAUAAGUUACCUAAGGUCUAUGAUGUACACUACACAGGAUUUAUUAGUGACAUUUGGUGGGAUGGCAAGUUUGUUUCUUGGCUGCAGUUUGGUCAGCGUGGUGGAGAUAAUUUACGUUAUCUACAAAUCAUUAAUUAUGCUAAAACAUAAAUACACCAAAGUCCAAACAGUUUCAAAACAAGAUCAGCAACUCAUUCCAUACCGCCGCCAUCAUAAUAUGUAUCAUUUUUGCAGACCUCUGUACAAGCCACCAAACAUCACAUUACCAGAAAUCUGUGAGAAAGACAAAUAUUAA